AUGAGUCUAAAUAUUUUGAUAUCAUUUGGUGAGAAUUUUCCUCCCAUUUCUCUCUCUAAAAACACACUCCCUCUUCAGCUCCUCCUCACUAUCCACUGUGCAGACCACUCUGUCAAGCCCUUCGACGAGUGGCAACUCAAGCGCUCCCUCACCGUUCCCGAAGACGACAUCGUCGUUCACAGAUUCAAGGACCUCAAGAAGCGCAAACGCAAUGAUCCUGUCGCUCACGAUGGAGAAGACGAUGUUAAGGAACUCGAGAAGAAGUUUUUGGACUGGAGAAGAUCGGUUGUUGGUAAGACUGACGGGAUUGAGUUGAAUCUUAAAGGUGUUAAGUUUAGAUUGACUGCUUUAGUUUCGGAAUCAGAUGAUUUUGGAAUGAGGAAAGAGCUUAAUGCGUUUGGUAAUCUAGGAUAUUCAAGAGGUGGGAGGCAGCAGCAGCCUGAUAAAUUUUGUUGA